UCUACCGUUAAAAUAAAAUAGAGAAGACAAUACUGAGUAUUUCAAUUCACAUUUAUACACACAAUUACCGCGCAAGCCACUGUCUACAUCUACAAAUCAAAAACACCAACAAAAACGAAGCAAUAUUCUCAUUCCUCACCCCUCAUAUUCCGGAAAAUCGCUGGAUGUAAUUUACUUCAAAUUGAUCGCGAAGAUAUCACACAACGAUAAAAAGAAUGGCAGAACAACAGAGGAAAAUUGAACUUCAAUCACCAGAUGAUCUUCAAUAUCUAGUUGCGAAUGUGAAGAGAGCGGCGAGGGAAAUGAUUGAUCGGGAUUUACCGCCCAUAGAGGGAGAAGAUGCUAUGAGGAGGUUGGUGGAGGAAAUUGUGGGAGAGGUAUGUUUAUAUUUCUUUUUGGGGAGGGGGAGAAGGAUAUAUCGAAUCUUAUGGCUUUUGUGUCAUUGGGUUGGUGUAUUUUCGAAAAAGAAAAUGGAAGAAAGGAAAGGAAAGAAGAUAUACAAAAACAAAAACUAACCAAAACCUCAAAAUCAGUACAUUCAAAAAACCUUUCUAUCCGCCUCCCCCUCCAUCUCUAUAAACGGCAUGUCCCCCCCGCAUAAACUCCUCGAUUCGCAUCUCCAUUCAGAUAUAAAUGAGGAUAUUAUUGAAGAACGAGAAGAACACGAACCAUUCGAUGGACAGCUUUGGGAAAAGGCAAAAGCGCUCGCGAUUCGAGAGGAGGAAUUAGUGGAGCAGAUUGCGGCGCUGAGGAGGAAUGUUCCGGGGACGGUGGUGAAGAGGGAAAAUGCGUGGAGGAAGGCGGUGGAGGAGGAGGAGGGUGUUAUUGAGGGGAGGUUAGGAGGAUGAGAGGGGGGUUGGGGAUGGGAUUGGAAGGGAUGGUA